AUGCUGGAGAACAACGCCGAAUGCAGGUUGAACGUGGUCGAAGACGACAAACUCAUGGUCGAAACAACCAACGAAGAAACAACAACGACACUCGCUCUCAUCCACUUCCUUCUCCUCCAUUCCGCCGCCCCACUCGCCAGACUAGUAUGGUGGGCCCGCUCACUCUGGCAGUCUGGAAUGUUCGGUCUUGCUAUCAUCUGCGAGCAUGGCCCAAUCACAGUCCAACUCACCUAUGCAAUCACCAAUGAACAAGAAAAAGAUGGUCGUUCCGAGCACUAAGCCCUGUAAGACACUCCUCUCUAUGACCGUGAGCCUUGAACGCUGUCGCCCCACGCAGACCAUUUGGGAACGGCCGAUAAGGCUAUUCCCGAUCCAUGGAAGAUUUUUUGCCCCCGAUGUCUAUAACGCUCAACCUGUAAAGACUGUGGUGUGGAACACCGUCGAACGCUUCCGGAAAUCGAUGUAGGCUACAUGCACCGUGUGUUUUGUCGAAUGCUCUUAUCCAGCUCUGCAUUAUGCAUAGAAAGUUCGUUAUACAUGAGCUUCCCCUGCGAAAACCGUAUUGUGCAUAGGAUCAGAAAUUUGGGGUUUCCAAAUAAGCCAUAAACUCCCUUUUGGUAGUUAUCUUAAUGAAUUUGCUGCAGAUUGAUGUCAGACUGACGGCUCUGUAAUUCAUCGACUACCGCUUUUGCAAAUUGGUGAAACGUGGGCCGUCCAUGGGGAGGAUUCCAUCGUCAAGCUACACCUGGAACAGGAAGGUGACGCUUUAGUCAAUUCUCGAGCAAGUUCAGAGAGCAGCUUUGAGGGGAUCCCGUCCGGACCGUGGGAUUUACAUUCCUUCAAGCUUUUUAGUUCUUUGAAAAUCGCUUCUUCUCAAAAUGCAAUACUUUUAAUGAUCGGAUCGUCCAUGCUCUCAGCAUUAGGCGCAAUGGAACCCGAUUGAUUGUGAGAACGGUUCGAAAAAACUGGGAAUAAUGCUCAACUUUAUUUGUCCUGUCCGAUGUCUGCAAACUGUCAGCAUUCCUCAUGACAGGAAUCGGAUUCCUGUCAACGAUGCUCUUUCUCAAGAAGCGGUGGGCAACUUUGGAUUUUUUACAACUCAGUGGAGCAAACUACUGUCGAAAUUUCGUCGUCUCUUGCAAGUCAAUCUUUUCCCCAUGUUUCUUUGAACAUUAUAUUCUGUAAUGGCCGCAUUGUCGUAAUUUUCAGGAAUUUCCUUCCACAGCCUUCCUUUCUUGUGGAUCUCAUUUUGCAGAUCUUAUGUCAGCCACUGAGGACGGCUGGUAUUCCUAUGCUUUCAUAAUGGACAUCAACUUUUCACUAGAUACACUAACCAGCCCUUAAAUGAAUUCCCGUCCCUGUUAUGUUCCCGGAGAAGAGAACAUCCCAGUCCGUUUGUGAUGCUUCAGCUCCCAUUUGGCAAAAGUCCCCUCGCCAUAUAUUUGGCGUAGUCUCCCUUAUUGCAUACGGCGCGGAAUCUAAUUCGUAAUCCUGUAGAAGUACUGCACGAUCACCUUGACCAACCAACAGAGCAAAAAGCAAAUCUCACCCUGGCUUUAAAUGAAGACAGAGUGUGACCCUAAAACUAAACCCGAUCCUUAACUCCAGCCCGAAUCCGAACCCUAAAACUAAACCCUAAAACUAACUGUAAGCCGAAAACUUACCAUAAGCCUAAUGCUAAUCUUACUACUAUAACUAACCCUUACUUUAACCAAAACGCUACCCUCAACCCGGGACGUAACCAUGGCUAUAGCAAAAUCCCUUUACCUAACCCAGGUUAGUUUAGGCCUAAAAUUGACACUAAACUUAGCUCAAGCCCAACCCUCGCCCUAACGCUAAAUGUAGCACUAACCCUCGCACUAACCCUGAAAUAACGCUGAACAUAACCCGUAGUCCAAAUCCUUGUCCUAAACCUAGUUUCUGACGCAAAUCUUACCUAUAAAUCUAAACCUAGUCCUAAACCUUACAUCAACUCUGAAACUAAACCAACUCCGAACCCUAAACCAAACCCUAACCGACAUUUCGACCGUCGAGUUCGAAGAUGUCCGCCGACUGCGGAGUACGAGCUCAUCGUAGUCAGCUUUGGAAAAUACGGUAAGUUUGCCGAUCCAGCCCUAGUGCAAAAUCGCCCGUAGACUGCUUCGGUGCUUGAUGUAGGAUGAUAAAUCGCUCGUUAGCAGCACCGACCAUUAAUUAGUUAUGAAACAGUUAAAUGAGAGUGUCGUUCACGGUGGGGAUAGAGGUUUUAAUCGGCAUGCCGGGGGGCAAGUGCCACCUUACGUGUAAUAGGUGACCGGAAGUAUAACGCAUACCGACCGUGGUCAAGCGGAGGAACGUCAGCGAGAAAAAAAACAGCUGAACUAGUAAAACUCAAAAGUAGUAGGAGGGGAUCAGGACACUGAGCUAAUAGUUGGUGAGUUAGACAGUGUGUAUUUACUGUCAGGAGAGUCAAAAUAAGGGGUAGACAGAGUCCCGCACCUACUGCUAUCAAUGUAACGUCCUGCCUACUCACCGUCAGGUAUAUCUGAUUGGCGUUGUCUGGAUAUGAUGCCUCGGCAAGUCCUGUGACUCGUUUAUUGGCGUAUUCUCUUCCUGAGACAGUCGCUCCGGGGUCUCCUUUGACGACAUUGUGGUCACUAGCGAUCACCCGCGCAAUCACUGGUGGGGAAAUGUGAAACGCGACAAAAGUUUACUAAUCAAACAGUAUCGACGGAAAGCGUAAGAGAUCGUAAGAAAAAGCGGAUAGUGCAAUCGAAAGGGGGCCAAGGCAUAUCGUCUGCGUGCAAAUGGGGCAAUUGUUCGGAACCCACUUCCGAGGAAUGGGCUUGCUUGUCGGUACCUCGGGCGUUGACCACUGUCAUCGUAGGUUUGAAAUCGAAAACAAAAGUUUGAGUCAUGAAAUUAAAAUUAACCGCUUGAAUUUAACCAAACGGUUAUGGGGAUGUAACCACUGUUUUUCUGAUUUUGGCUGAGUCACACUAGACUCCUAGCGUGUUGCAUUUUAUCAACGGACGGCACGGUAUCGCGCUAACCAACUUCCUACUUUAAUUGCACUUUAUAUUACAACGUUGUCCUAUACAGCAGUUUGCGACCUCGACCACCAUCAUGGUUUGUCCUCGGUUUUAUUCUACCUUUCUGUGUCAUGUUUAAUCUUGCCUAGUUGUCUAUUAGUUAAACCUACUCUUAUGGUCUGGAGGCCCCAUAAAUGCCUAAGAGAAUUGAUGUCCGGACACCUUGUACUAAAGGACGCCUUCUGGACGUCAUCGCCGCUCCUUCAUCAUCUCUUUGCUGCCAACACCACCAAGGCUCGCCUCCAAACUGUUCUGUGUCGGCCAUAGGCUUCCCCGUGUACAAGAUCCUGUCUGAACUCCAACCCUUCCAUCCAUCGUAAUAAAUAACGGCCAACAUUCCCUUAAUAACCCAACUUCUCUUCUCAGUGAGCAUGUAUUUCGGUCAGAACAAGAAGAGACUACACACUUAACGUUCCCAGUCAUGAUUGUAGUCAAGCUCGUUACAAACUCACCGUCCCGACGAUUCAAACAAGACCUCCAUUAGUUUUAUUGGAGCACUACAGGCGGUUUCGUCUUUUGGGUUGUCUUUCCUUGGGUCGUUCGGUGGCUGCCUGUAAAUGUGUUUCGUUUUAUUCCGACUUCCUUUUUGGGUCCUCUUAUAAGUGCAAAAGAACUCAUAUCUCCAAACAGAGUUGGGUAAUUUUGACGAUGUGGAUAUAGGCACUUAACGGCUGUAAUAUAUGCUCUUGCCACUAGGGCUAUGGCCAACACCCUAAUUAUCGGAAAAUACAAUGCAUACGAUGCCAUGCAGAAGCUGUAGUAUUUCCACAAAUAAUUACGGAGAUGCCACUCUUACAUUAGCCAACAGUAUAGCCAGACUUUUCGUAGAACGCGUCGGCCUACUUCCACUCCAGCGCUGAUUUUCAUAUGAAAAGUGUAAUUAGCGUAGCCAUUAGAAAUGCGAGCGGAACCUUUGACUGGUGAAGAAAUCUUGUUUUUGCCUCUGACUAGUAUCUGCUUCCCAAAACCUUCGGAUUUCCACAAAUUUCUCAAUUCCCUAACUAUUCACAAGGUAUUUAGUCAAGUAGUUUGUCGUCUGCUCACAGGCAGUUGGCUCUCGACAGCCUCCUAAUUGGUCCGUAUCGUCUAUUCCAAAAAAAUAAUGCUCUACUCUACCAUGAGGCUUAGUGAAACUAGUUAGUUGUUCGGGCAAACAAGACAGUAUCUAAGGGGUUUAUCUUGCCCAAACAGUAUUUGCCUUAGACCGCUGAUACAGAUAGGCCAUCUGCAGAUGCCAUGGCAAUAUCCAGGAGACUAACCGGUCUACUGUCAAUGAAAGAAGCCACGUUUUAGGGCGCGUUUGCUAUAGCAAGGUUUCUACGUGGUCAAAGGAACAAUAUUGCCUCUGACUUCUCAGUUAACAACCAGUAGUUAGGCUUUGUAGGAUCUUCAUUCGAUCAGGUCUUUGAUUUUUAAAUUUUCGUUUUCAUAAACUGUGUGUGUUUUUUCUAAAAUUCGGAAUCUGUCCGACUUUUAUCUGCCACCUAACACCUUCAAAAAUACAUUUCACAUUCCUUGAUGGCGGAACAUAUCUGCUAGCCUAGCACUUCCUGGACAACGCAUCCACAGGUGACAGCAUAAUGGUCCUCAUCGGGAACUGACUGCAAAUUAAAGGAAAGAGUCGUGUCUGUUAAAUGAGCAACCGUAUAUCAGCGGCGAUGGCAUGAUCAGGAUGCGAACGGUUCAGGUCUGACUAGUCGUCUACCAUGUAGGGCACCACAGAGUCUGAUAACGUCAGUUUACCGGAGGAAAUUCGAAUUAGUACCAUAUCUUUUAUUCUAUACUUCUGCCUUGCCCACUUUAUAUCCACCCAAAUACUGAUUUGAAGAAUAGACGACCUAAUAUUACCAAGCCUCUGCAUAAAAACAUGGAUUUUAUAGUAAUUACCCUGGUUUCCUGAUACGGCGCCAGUGGUAACUCCCAUUCCCAGACUUCUCUAGGUAGGCCGAAUGACAAAUAUUUGACGCGUUCUCUAUGCGAGGGAAAGAAAUGAAUACCACAAAUUGAAGUGUAAACAGUCCCCGUGCACUGAAAUCGCAACGUGAACAUUAACGCCGUACAAUGCGGCUAUGGCGGUUUUUUUCAUGGGCGUGCGUACUAGGCUACGAGAAGUGUUUUCUCUGCAGUUUUCCCAACAGUUUCAUCGAAACCUGGUGUGUGUAGUGCUACAAUCGCUCUGAGUGGUCAAUAGAAAUCCUUAUUAGUACGCGAGGGAUCGGAGUGGAUAUGCAAAUCUUCGUUUUAUUAUUGUUAACGCCAUUGUCGUUGCGCUAUACGUACCGCCACUCUUUACAAAUGCUGGACAUCAGGGGGCUGUACGCGGCGAACCCUAGACUAAUUAUGCACGUCCCAAUGUGUGGAAAGUACUAGGCCUGAUCUGACUUUAACAUUAGAAUUCAAUCCUAUGUGAGAUCACCCCACUGAUCAGUUGGGCGCUAGCCGCUCGCUCUCGCGGUUACUCAAACCACGGGUUUGCGCGACUAGACUGGGUCCCCGUCACGAACGAUGACAAAACCUGCGUGAAUGACGAGAGCAGCGGUUUAUUCGAUGUAACUCCCGGCAUCCGUUUUGUUCACCUACUCGAUGGACUGACUCUUUGGUACGUGUCAGUUGACCGCCCUAGUGCACCACCGUGGUUCGAACUUUCUGCCAAGCGAGUAGGUUUCGGAAGAAACCGACCGACUGUUCGCAGUCUUAGACGGAAGCGGACGCCACGUCGGCUACUGUUCCCAAUCCCAUCAAUAGUCCGACAUAAUGAAAGGUUCAGACAGUUUAUUAGUUCAUGGAUGAGGAAUGUAUCGUCAUAGCAAAUCGGCGCAUACCUCACUACACGCGUAGGACUGUCCUGAAGGUCGCACACAGAAUCAAUGCGGCCGACAAACGCAUGCUGUUAGCUAAUGCGCUCCCCGUUCUGGUCAAGCGUAACUGCGGUGCAGUCUCUAAAGGGGGAAGAUUGGAUACAUUUAGUGGCGAGAUCACAGCAACUUCCAGAGAGGGCAUUUUGUAGGAAUCAGUGUUCAUAAGUCGUCACUUGAGAGUGUAAAAUCUUUCGGCAGUUAGAUUUGAUAAUUUUUGUUUUAUAAAACCUUGCCUCUCUCCUGCGUAUUUUGCUCUCCUAGAUGCUUUCUUCACAUAUCCUAUUACAAAUGUUAUUAUUUUUCUACACGUGAAUUAUCAGCCAUCAAACUAUCAAAACAUAAAAGUAUUAAUGUCCUUAAAAAAAACUACAAAUAUAAACAGACAGUAAACAGAUAUAACAAUAAAAUAGAUCAGCCAGACAUCUCAGAAGUCCUUAAAUUUGCUAUUUUGCGUCAACUUUCAUCUAGUCUUUUCUAGAGAUCUUAGUUUUAUGUGAGGUGCAUGCCACUUAAGUAGUGUUGUUUGUAAAUUGAGUCGAUAGGGAUGGCCGGAAAAUUCAACGCUUACCGAUGUAUGGGUUAUCCCGAGAUUAUGCUCCACACUUAUCAGUUGUUUUCUAUAUGGUAGUGGUCAGUAGCACAGCGCGAUCGUUCGGUUGCAAUUCAUGAGCCCCGCCUUUGCCUAGUGUACUUUUGAGGGCCGAACUGUAACAUAUGAGUAAUCAGAUUCAUUCUGCAAGUCUUGCAUGGAAGUAUUGUUUUCGCCUUUCCGAAGGGGCGAUCGCCAUUAGUCGCUUCUGUUGUUUUUUUUUUAACUUAUUAUGAAGCCACACAUUAUGUUGAUUUGUUGCACCCACCUCAAAUUAAAGGAAAAUUUGCCCUAACUUCACUCUUGGUCUCUGUUGCAGGUCUCUCUUCGAGUUUCGUGCUGCAGUAAAAAUGUCUAUGUUACUUAGACAGGUAAGUGGUUUUUUCUGGUCAUAACCGGCGUCCAGGGAUAUCGUUUAGUUUUCAGUGACGUUCGUUUUCGUCCCCCUGGUCAACUGGCUUGGGCAAGCCUUAAGACACGACCACCUGCCAUUCAAAAAAUUUACGACAAAUUAGAGCACCUCGAGGAGUCAAUAGACCAAGAGGCGAAGCCUGGUGCUAACCUGCCUUUUAGUGUGGAGAAGCCCCGUGCCCUGGCCUUGAAAAUUAUUCUUUUCAUUGGGAUUGCUUUCAACAUGCCCUUUUACAUCAUCUACCGACACAUGCGUAAAGCCGCUGCGACAUGA